GAUGGCGGGGGGCGUGGGAUACCGGGGCGGGCAGGAGAGCGACUGGGUGCCUCGUCUAGGAGAGGACCUUGUCGCCUUCAACAUGGGAGACGAAAAGGAAGGGGGUACAUGGAAAGAGAGCGCCAAGGACCCGGAGGUGUGGCACAACAAGGUCGAGGACGGGGCGGCAUGGUUCAUGAGGAAAUGGCACAGGCAGGAGGGGGAAGCGUCCGCGAAGCGCCAGCGCGCGAGGGAAGCAGAAGCAGAGAGUACGGCCAUCUCAGGACCGAGGAGAAAGAGAGUCGGGGAAGCGGCGGUGGGGGGGAAGAAACGGCGACCGGGCACUGCUGGACUCACGAGCUUGUCUGCCGGCAAUGCUUUCGUCAGCCCGGCGACAUACACUACACAGCCUGGCGAGCGCGCCGUCAAAGAAAAGGCACCUGCCGCAGUCGUCAACACCCUCGAGAGCCGCUACCUCAGCCCGUCAACACGAUGCCUCACACCAAGCCACGAACGAGAAGCCAAAGGGGCACAGAGUCCCGGCCCGGCGGUAUAUUACCCCCAUGAGGCAUGGGAUUUCGGGCCGCCCAAGCAUUGGAACCGAGUUAACAAGUCCGACAAGCCGGGCCGGAUGCCGAGCAGUAGGAGUUUCAACGCCAAGGUGACUUGGGGCGAGGCAACCAUGCCGCGUCCUCCUAACCCGGUGAAGGCAGCACAGAUUCCGACGAAGGAAGAGCGGGCGUGGCUGUCGAAAAGGCGGGGGACGGCUCGCCCCAGCACAGCCCCACGAUGUAUGUGGUUGAACGGCGUCAAUACGCGAGGGGGGCUCCAGGCGUGGGGCGACGUUGCCACGAACACCGGGCCAAUACACGUGGGGAACAAAGGCAACUGUGCAUCACCGUGGGACCGACCAACCCCUCGGCGGGGACCCGACUCACAACGUCGAGGCCCGAUACACUCGCGCGAGGUGCGGGCAACAUCGCCUGGUUUCCGCGAAACACGUUACCUGAACCGCGACCUAACUCGGAAAGGAGCGUGUAAAGCAACAGACACGCCAGGCCCCGGGCAGUAUAGCAUCCGUCCUCCGUUGGAGCGCGGGACAAGCUUCGCUGGUCCCAGGCGACCAACCAAGUGCAGCAAAGCUGCGACGGUGAACGCUAUGGUGGCAUCUGCCAAAGGCCGGGCGGCAUCAUACGAGAAGACCAGCGGGGCGAAGAACGGAAUGGUACGAGGAGGGGACCGGCAAUCACGACCGUCGACGGCGCCAUCGCAGCGUCUUUCGAUACCGCUCAAAGGGCGAGAGAGCCCGGGUCCAGCGUACGCUUUGCCGAGCGAUUUCGACCAGAAGUUUGUAAACAAGAAAACCUUCCAUCCCCCGCGGUGCACCGGAACGUCGCCGUUCGGGACGGAGGAACCAAGAGGUACAGGGCGGAGCGCAAAUUUGGCUCCACGCGCCGACGAGGACGGACACGUCCGCGCGAAGCAGACAAAGCGCCUGCCGAAAGCUCGGAGGGAGGCAUCAUCUGGACCUGUGGCCAAGUCGGGGAGGGUUGACGCUAUCGGUCGGGCUUUGGGAGUUCCUGUCAACACUUGCAUGGGGAGGGGCAUCCUCUUGCGAAUUCGUGCCGAUGGCAUGACGUUCGUACGUUUGCCGUGGGGCGUGUUGUACACUACGGAGGUUCUAACCCAUGGAGGCAACGCUUGUACAGCGAAUCCCUCCGUUUUGGGAAACCCUGGCGUGGUCAACUCACUAGUAGAUAGGAGAGGACGAGUUAGCGGUCCCACGAUAAGUCAACAAGGUGACAGGGUUGAUGGGGCGUGCGAGAGCGGGGAGGACGAGCAGUGA